AAGUACCACUUGGUAUUAUGUUUGUCCAUAGCCGCUCCAUGUAGGAGGAGGGGCUUGUUGCCGUGGAGACGACGGAAAUGUUGAACCCCGAAAGCAGCGAUGGAGAAGUAUGAAAAGAUUAAAGUGGUCGGGAGAGGAGCUUUCGGCAUCGUGCACCUCUGCCGCCGACGCGGCGACGGCGCGGCCGUCAUCCUCAAGGAGAUCCCCGUGGAGCAGAUGACGCGCGACGAGCGCCUCUCUGCCCAGAACGAGUGCCAGGUCCUCAAGCUGCUCAACCACCCCAACAUCAUAGAGUACUAUGAGAACUUCCUGGAGGACAAGGCCCUGAUGAUAGCCAUGGAGUAUGCGCCAGGGGGCACCCUUGCGGACUACAUCCAGAAGCGCUGCAACUCCCUGCUGGAUGAGGACACCAUCCUGCACUUCUUCGUGCAGAUCCUGCUGGCCAUGUACCACGUGCACAACAAGCUGAUCCUGCACCGCGACCUCAAGACCCAGAACAUCCUGCUGGACAAGCACCAGAUGAUCGUCAAGAUCGGAGACUUCGGCAUCUCCAAGAUCCUCGUGAGCAAGAGCAAAGCGUACACGGUGGUGGGCACUCCCUGCUACAUCUCUCCAGAACUGUGCGAGGGGAAGCCCUACAACCAGAAGAGUGACAUCUGGGCUCUGGGCUGCGUCCUGUACGAGCUGGCCAGCCUCAAGAGAGCCUUCGAGGCCGCGAAUCUGCCCGCUCUGGUUCUGAAGAUCAUGAGCGGGACCUUCGCCCCGAUCUCGGACCGCUACAGCCCCGAGCUCAGGGGGCUGGUGCUCAACAUGCUGAACCUGGACCCCUCCAAGAGGCCCCAGCUCAACGAGAUCAUGGCCCUCCCUGUGUGCAUCCGACCGCUGCUCAACCUCUACACCGACAUAGGCAACGUCAAGAUGCGCAGAAUAGAGAAACCCCUUUCCAACGUGCAGCACGGCCCCCAUGGUAGACCGGGGGGCAGGAUCCCUGGCUCCAGGUCCCGAGACGGAGCCCUGGGGCUGGGCAUGGGCAAGGUGCACACGCUGCCCCUGUCCUCGGUCUACACCUGGGGCAGCGGCAUCGCCGCCCCGCUGCGCCUGCCCAUGCUCAACACGGAGGUGCUGCAGGUGUCCCUGGGACGCACCCAGAGGAUGGGGGUCACGCGCUCCGGCCGGCUCAUCACCUGGGAGGUCCCGUCCGUUGGUUGCGGCGAGCCCAGUCUCCCCGGCGGCAUGGAACCCAUGCAGCCUCAGUUCAUCUCCCGCUUCCUGGAGGGCCAAUCUGGGGUCACCAUCAAGUCUGUGGCCUGCGGGGACCUCUUCACCACCUGCAUGACAGACAGAGGCAUCAUCAUGACGUUUGGCAGCGGGAGCAACGGCUGCCUGGGUCACGGCAGCUUCAACGACGUCAGCCAGCCCAAGAUAGUAGAGGCCCUGCUCGGCUACGAGCUGGUGCAGGUCUCCUGUGGAGCGUCCCAUGUGCUUGCUGUGACCAAUGAGAGAGAAGUGUUCGCUUGGGGUCGAGGAGACAAUGGUCGCCUGGGGCUGGGCACCCUGGACUCCCACUCCUCCCCCCAGCAGGUGGCCGUGCCUGCGGGCUUCGAGGCCCACAAGGUGCUGUGUGCCGUGGACUGCUCCAUGAUAAUCAGCACCCAGCACAACAUUCUGGCCUGUGGGAGCAACAGGUUCAACAAGCUGGGCCUGGACCUGAUCGUGGCGGGGGAGGAGGCCCGGGCGAGCGACCAGGUGGAGGAGGUCCACGUGUUCACGGCGGUGCGGUCGGCGCCGCUCAGCGUGGAGAGGAUGGUGUACGUGGACAUCGGCACCGCCCACUCCAUCGCCGUCACGGAGAAGGGCGAGUGCUUCACCUUGGGCAGUAACCAGCACGGGCAGAUGGGCUGCAGCUGGCGGCGGAACAGCAGGGUGCCCUUCCUGGUGCCCGGGCUACAGGGCAUCGCCAUGGCAGCCUGCGGCGACGCCUUCUCCCUCGCCAUCGGGUCCGACGGGGAGGUGUACACCUGGGGUAAGGGCGCGCGCGGACGCCUGGGCAGGAAAGAGGAGGACUCUGGGAUACCGAAGGCGGUGCAGCUCGACGAGAGCCACCCGUUCACGGUGACGGCGGUGGCCUGUUGUCAUGGCAACACCCUGCUGGCAGUGAAGCCCCUGCUGGAGGAACCGGUACCACGAUGAUGUCUGCUGUCUCUCAGAGAGUUGCACACCUAGCCUCCACUUCCUGCAGCACAUCCCUGGCUGUGGCGUAAGACGACAGGACGGCUCAUCACAGAAGAACCGGUCCUAAAGCCAACAUCUCUCAUUCCCCUCCCCCCCACACGCCAAUCACACACUUCGCCUUUGGCUACGUUUCUACAGAACCCAAACAAAGAAACACGAAGGAGCCAGAUAUCUCCAACGCUCAAUCGAGUGCUUUUUCCCUCAGCCUGCUUAGGAAGCGGGUUUGGGCCGUGCGUUUCCAGAAAACGUUGGACGACGUGAGUCAGGAUCACAGGAAGUCAGUGCGUUGGGUUCCCUCAAGCGCGGAGCUCAUUGUGCCGGUCCCAGGCAGGGGUCAGCCCGCCUGCCCGCCCGCCCGCAGAGGCCCCCUGCAGGACGUCCAACGGGCCUGAUCUCAAUUAACCCGGCGCUGAAUGAAGUGACAACGAGGCGCAAUGUGUUGAAAAGCACCCAGGCGCUAGCUCUAGCUUUAGCGCCAGCGCUAACAAGUUGUCAGUCAAACGAAGCGAGCAACGGGAUUAAUCUUAAGCACAUUGUCGGUGGCCAUGUUGUGCCUCAUUGGAUUAGCGCACACACACGUUUGUCGGCCGGGCAUAAUGGUAUAUAAAGCAGAUAACCGUGUGUUGUUAAUCCCCAUACACACACACGUAUUGUGUAUGUUAAUUGUAGCAUGUUGAUUGCGAUUUCACUCAUUGUGUUGUGAAGCUUUGUCUCAGCCUUGUUGUGCAUUAUUCAAGACCUUAUGUGUAUUUACACUCCACUUUGGCACAAUCCUUAUUGCUAUGUUACCUCUGUCUGUGUUUUAAACCACUGUUGAUCUGCCGCUCUUCUCUUAGCCCCAGACCUAAUGUGGUCCCUUGUUCAGAGGUAUGUGUGAAGCACUGUGUGUUCUUACACACUGCAUUGUGUGUGAGAACACACAAUGCGUGUGUGUCAGAUGGGUAGGCUGGUCUGAUCUUACCACAGCAGGAUGUCCUCUCAGCUUCUCUUUCUAUUUAACUGCAUUCCACAUCAUUUAAACUGGUGCCGUACAUCAUGAUUUCAUUGUGUGCCAUAGAGAUUAUAUACGGCUCUAUAAUUGACAUUUUAGGUAGUUCAAUCAAAUCAUGCCAAUUAAAGACUUGUUAUAAGGAGGUCUACAGCUAUUUUCUACAAUCAUAAACGUCCAGGCUACCGUUGUUGUUUUUUUUAAGGAUGAUGUAAUGAUGCUGUAAUUCAGUGAGAAUAGUGAUGUAAAAGACUAGCUCAUUGUAGUCAUUGUUUAUUUUGUACCACCAUGUUUUAGAACCAGAAGUACGAUCAAAAUUGACCUAGACCAUUUCUGUUGCAACCCAAUUUAUUUUAAUCAUGUGUAUUUGCCAUUGGAAAUGCUAUAAAUUUAUAUUUAUCUCAA